UUAAGGAUAUAGUAGAUCCUCUUUCACUCUGGUUAGUGCAAUCAAAUCGGAACACUUCACAAACCCUAAUCAGAGAUUACGUGUACUCUUCAAGUCUCAAUUUCAAUUUCAAUUUCGCAGUGCUGUGAACGUGUUCAUUCCCGAUUCUCCCUCCAUUCGCGUCACUUCUCUCUGCGAUUCUAGAGUAAAGACUAGUUGAUUGGUUUAAUUGCUGUUGCUGUUGAUCUGAAUUUGAAGGCUUUUGAAGUUCAAACUAUUUUGAUCAAGAUCCAAGUUUGCUUUCUCUGUUUCUCGUAGAAUUUUCAUUACCAUCCAUGGCAUAUCCUUUCUCAGAUUUUAAAUACUCCGAUGGCCUCACUGUAGUGGGUAUCUCCUUCUGUACAGCUAUUGUCUGUGAGGCCAUCUCAUGGGUUCUUAUUUACCGCACCAAUUCUUACAAGAACCUUCGGUCCUCCAUUGACAAAGCCUCGAAGAAACUCGAGACUAUGAAGACAGACAGCAACAAAAUCAACAUUAAGAAGUCCAAGACCAAAAAAAUUGACCGUGUUGAGACAAGCCUUAAAGAGUCUAGUCGUGACUUGUCUCUCUUCAAGUUCAAAUCUGGUGGUGUCGUUGCUCUGGUUCUCUUUGUGGUUUUUGGAUUGCUAAAUUCGCUCUUCGAAGGCAAGGUAGUUGCCAAAUUGCCGUUCAAGCCUUUUGGGCUUGUUAUGAAGAUGAGCCAUCGAGGGUUGCAAGGUACUGAUCCCACAGAUUGUUCCAUGGCAUUUCUAUACUUCUUGUGUUCCAUUAGUAUCAGAACAAAUCUGCAGAAGUUCUUGGGUUUUGCACCUCCAAGGGGUGCAGGUGCUGGUCUCUUUCCAAUGCCAGACCCGAAGACCAGUUGAUCUAGUUCUGUUAUAUUAAACAUUUUAUCUGUUAUUUCUAGGUUGAUGUUAAUCUGGAACUGCAUAACUCUAGUCGUUUAUAUUUUAUCCGGUUCUCUUAGGGAGACCAACAUGAUUUUAAUUGUUAUCACUGAUACUGAAGAAUUCAAGUUCGGUUUUAUGAUGGUUAUUUGGGUAUUUUGUAAGUGCAAUAAAGAGUUUCUUUUCUUGUCUA